GCCCGUUCCGGCUCCAGAGCAGCCCGGCUGCAGACGGCGUCUAUCGGGAACUCUUAUCUGCGCUCUGGUGCAGCAGCGCAUGCGAGGCUGCAGCAACGCGAGCAGUAAAUCCAGGCUCAUAUCAGACUGCCUCCACUGACAGGCUGCUGCGCAAAUGUUGGGAGACAAAGCUCACGGCGUGACUUUGAAGGUGAUGGAGUACACGUAUGAUGAAGACUUGGAAGAGCUGUGUCCGGUGUGCGGUGACAAAGUGUCGGGUUACCACUACGGCCUGCUGACCUGCGAGAGCUGCAAGGGCUUCUUCAAGAGGACGGUGCAGAACAACAAGAGGUACACGUGCGCUGAGAACCAGGAGUGCAAAAUAGACAAGACACAGAGGAAGCGAUGCCCCUUUUGCCGCUUCCAGAAGUGUCUCAACGUUGGCAUGCGAUUAGAAGCGGUGCGCGCAGAUCGCAUGCGUGGGGGGAGGAAUAAAUUUGGCCCAAUGUACAAGAGAGACAGGGCCUUGAAGCAGCAGAAGAAGGCUUUGAUACGAUCCAACGGGUUCAAGCUGGAGAGCACGGCUCUGCCGUCAGCCUCCCCACUGCAGACUGACUACAGCUUCACUGGCACCCUGCACACGCUGCCCACCAUUUCCAAAAGUCUGCUUCCUUCCACCACAAGCUCUGUCACCCCUACAGACUACGAAGCCAACCUAUAUGGACCUACAUCCCUGGGCAUGGCCAUGCAGUCUCACGUGCCUCUCAACCCGCAGUACCAGUACACGGCCUUUCCCAGCAGGGCAAUCAAAGCCGAGUGCCCUGACUACACCAGCUCCCCCGAGUCCCUGACUGGAUACCCGUACCCAGAUGUGUAUCCGUCGGCCUCACCGCAGCCCCCCAGCCUGCCUCCGCUGGUGCUGGAGCUGUUACGCUGCGACCCCGACGAGCUGGUGGUGCAGAACAAGAUUGUUGCUCAUUUGCAGCAGGAGCAGAGCAACAGGGGGCGGCUGGACAAGCCGAGCACCUUCAGCCUCAUGUGCCGCAUGGCAGACCAGACCUUGUUCUCCAUCGUGGAGUGGGCUCGGAGCUGCAUUUUUUUCAAGGAGCUAAGGGUGGGGGAUCAAAUGAAGCUGCUUCAUAACUGCUGGUCUGAACUUCUGGUCUUGGAUCAUAUUUUCAGACAAGUCCAGCACGGAAAGGAAGACAGCAUCCUGCUGGUGACCGGCCAGGAGGUCCAGCUGUCAUCCAUCCUAUCUCAAGGAGAGGCCACCCUGUGCAGUCUGGUCCAAAGAGGUCAGGAGCUGGCAGCAAGGUUGAGGGCGCUGCAGGUUGACCGCAGAGAGAUCGCCUGUCUGAAGUUCCUUCUACUGUUCAACCCCAAUGUAAAGCUGCUGGAGAACCAGGCCUUCGUGGAGGGUGUCCAGGAGCAGGUGAACGGCGCUCUGCUGGAGUACACCCUCACCACGUACCCUCAGUUCCAGGAGAAAUUCAGCCAGCUGGUGGUGCGGCUGCCUGAGCUGCGCUCCCUCAGCACGCAGGCUGAGGACUACCUGUGCUACAUGCAUCUGAGUGGAGAGGUGCCCUGCAAUAAUCUGCUCAUCGAGAUGCUGCACGCUAAGAGAGCGUGCGUGUGAGGGACACACAAAGAGUUGUCGUCAUGUGUUGUUUGGUGAGAAUGACUGUGUGGAAAAGAUGGAAAACUCUUAGAUUGACAGGUUUACACUGGAUUGCCUUUAUUGGGGCUUUUGCUUUGGGUGGACGUGAGAAAAUUCUGUUUAGAGUUUGAAUAUAAAAGAAAGAUAAUUUUAAUAUUUGGACUGCUACUGUUUUCAUAUCCUGCAAAGCUACUUUAAUGUGACCUUUAUAAACUGGAUUUUCUACCCGAUUUUCAAACGUCUAAAUUUAGAUUUCGGGGUGGAGUUGUUCUGUGUUUCUUUUUGACUAAAUAUGUCUUCAAUCUGUCAUUACAAUCCAUUCCUCCGAGCUGCCAAAUGACUUAAAAUUGCAGGAAGAGACUCCACCUUAGCCAAAUGCUACCAAGUCAGUCAAAUCUGGUGCCCAGUUACCCAGUCCCAUGUUAGCUGCUUUGUUUUGAAAUUUUCUCAGCUGUUUCUUUAUGCCACUGUCACAGGACUUUGUAAAAAAUAAAAUCCAGUGUAAACUA